AUGAGGGGUGGUGGUCUGCUUGGUUUGAUCUAUUUCUCAGUGUCCCCUGAAGAAUCAUCUUCAGUUCCACCAUUAGUGAAGAAGGAAUCAACAGAUAAUGAUGAGACAAUAUUACCAUCUCCAACAAGUGGACCGCCUAACAUUCCGUCCUUAUUAAAAAACUUACUAAAUACCCCUCUGAAGAAAUCUCAGUUGUCACUGAAAUCCAAAUCAGACAACUUAAUGUUGCCAUAUGAUCCUGAGAAUUUAGAAAAUAACACGAACAACAAUACAGACAAUGAAGAUAGUUUCAAUUUCUUGAAACCAGAAAGAAUCACCAAACAUCAGAAACAUUCACCUAAAAAGGAUCUUUCUAUGGACUAUGACGAAACUCAUUGCGAUAUCACAGCCAGUCUAUCUAUAUUACAACAUGUCGACAUGAUGAGUCCGAGUAAGCGUCCCCUUGCUGAGAACAAGAACAUAGUAAACGUAUCAUCGCACAACGUGGACGCAGCCGGCGAUUCAAGUAUGUCACUCCUUCAUCCAGAGAAUUUACACAACCCGAGUGAAGAUAACAUGAAAAGAAAAAUACUAGAACCCGUAGAACCGGUAUACAAAGAGCCGGUUUUAAGAAAGAAAGCUGAGAAAAGAGCACUGCCCGGCUGGAGCUGCGACCAGUGUAGACUUCUUACGAAACGUCGACAGUUCUACGACGAACUAUACAAAGACAACCCCGAAAUGUUGGCGAAGAAAAUGGACGAGUGUUCGAAACAUCGCGGCCGCAACAAUCCCGCGCGACCUAACACACCAGAAGGUUUCUGGAACCCACGAUGGGACGUACCAGACAACACCGAGGAAUUCAACAGGAGAAAUAACGCCAUAUAA